UGGAGCUCUCAAUGUGAACCACAUGCAGAGCAGGGAGGCAGGGCAUUGACUGAAGGCUGUCCCACUGAGAAUAGCGAGCGCACAGAGACUCACGCCUGACAUUUCUGCCAGACGGCGCAGGGAGAGAAUCUGAAAGGCAACCUCGUGUGUUUCUGUGUGUGUGCCGGGCUCUGAGGGAGGGAACGAGAGAGAGAGAGAGAGAGAGAGAGAGAGAAAGAGAGACACACACACAAAUACACAGAUCCUUCCAGGAAACCCCAUAUUGCUCUUUGGAAGGAUUGAGGGGAAAAGGCCCCUUUUGAGCAGAAAGGCAGUGGGUUUCGGAUAUUCUCAUAGCGCUAGAAAGGAGAGAAAAGAAUGACAGACAUGGCAAGCACUCUCCUGAGAAGAAACUCCAGCAAGCAAGGUCUGCAGAACCUGCUGAGAGUGACAACCCAGCGGAGCAUCGAGGACGCCGAGGAAAUUGAACGGGAGCGGCGUCGCAGAGCCCGAGAGGCUUUUCGCCAGAACAGCGGCCAGGCGAGCCCAGGGGGAGCCUCUUCGGAAAACGGGCUCCUGGCCGAGGAUAGCCCGUGUGACAGGGAGCUGAAACCUGCCAGUCAGUUGGUGUUAGAGGAGGACGAGGGUUUCAGUGACUGGACCCAGAAGCUGGUUCAGCGCCGGCAACAGUGCCUGGACGAGUUGGAGCAGGCCAGGAAUAACAGCGAGCACGGGCAGAGCAGAAAGGCCGUCCCUGCCAACACGCAGCAGUCCUCUGCGCUGCCAGCCUCCCGGUGGCGGCAGCAGGAGGAGGAAGAGGAGCUGAGGAAGAGCGAGAACAGGAGGAGGAAGAAGGAGCAGGAGGAAGCGGUAAAGAGACAGGAGGAGGUGCAGAGGCAGCAGGAGCGAGAGCCGGAGGCAGCCAGAGCGAGGGAGGAAGAAGAGAGGAGUCUCAUGAGGAAAAGAGAAGAGGAACAAAGUAGAAUUAUGGAAGAAAAGCCGAAAGAGAAGAGGAAAGAGGUGAAGGUUUCCUUCACAUCCAAAGUCUUCCUGCAGCAGGAAGUGAAACAUGUGAACGGUAAUGGAGAUGCAGCUGGCGUGGAAGUGGCAUCACUUGCUAAAACAAAGCGAGUCCCAAGGAGCCAGAGUCAGGCGCAGGAGGCCGACGAGGAGGCCGAGGUCUUCCUGGAGACGGAGCAGAAGCUGGAGAAGAUUCGCCGGAGUCACCAGGAGAAGGAAAGCCAGGAGCUGGAGCUGCUGAGGCAGCGACAGAUGGAGGCAGAGGUGGAGCUGGAGGAGUUGAAGAGGAGGAGGGAGGAACGCCGGCGCCUCCGUGAGGAGGAGGAGCGCCGGAAGGAAGAAGAGGAGCACCAGCGACAGCUGAAAGAAGAGGAGGAGAAGCGACGAAUGAAGGAGGAUAUAGAGAAGAGAAGGAUGGAGGCAGCAGAGAGAAGGAUGAAGACCCUCAGCAUCUCCAGCACCGAAGGGGAUGAACCUUUCUGCCCACUGAGUCCAAAGAGCUCCACGAUGAAGAAUGAGAGUGAAGAGAGGGUGACAGGAGAACAUGUUUGCUCGAUUUCGGGGAGGACAGAGUCCCUGAAUCGCUCCUUGAAGAAAAGUAACAGCGUCAAGAAGACCCAACCCCCAGUGCUCAUCACCAAAAUUGAUGACAGACUGGAGCAGUACAGUCACGCCAUUGAGACCUCCUCCAAGGACUCCAAGGCAUCCAAACAGGCUCUCAUGGACAUCCCAAGCCCCCCGGAGCCCAUAGCCUGCAAGAAAAGCCUUUUCGAAGCCGGGGAGGCCUGGAACCAGAACCCCAACAAAUGCGCACCUUUGAAGGAUGCUGAGGGCCUGAAGGUGGGAGUGGCCGACCUGAUCACCCAAUGGGUGAAGGGUAGCGUGGAUGGCAGCAAUAAGACCUCCCCUUCCAAGUCAAGCGAUAUUAAAGCUGGAGAUGUGCUGCACAAAAAGAACAUGUGGGAGACCAUAGGAGACACCUCCUCUGGCGGAAAACCCGGGCCUGGGGCCAAAACAACGCCUUCCGGAAAACGAUACAAAUUUAUUGUGACAGGCCACGGAAAAUAUGAGAAGGUUCCUGUAAACGAUAUCGAGAACGAUUACGCAAAUGGAAAUUCAGGUGUGCUCUGCCAGGGGGAGUUCUGAAGCGGGGACAAGUGUGCAGUUCUGACCAGACGACGACUUAACUUAUGUUGUUUACUGAUUUGGACUCUGUACCGCUGAUGCUGUUAGCGGGCAUCGUUCGACCACCUCUGGAAGAUUCCAGCGGCAGUAACGUUUCGUGUUUCUGUGCUCUGUGUUUCUGCUGAAGCUUGCGUUAAAAAUGAAACCUUUCAUUCCCACAGAAUCAGAUCUCCAUUACAUUGUUUUCAAUUGGAAUAUAUGUUUAGUGAACACGUUUAGGAGGUUUUGUGUAUAUAUACGUAUGAAUGUAUAAUUACUGUGCAAAUCAAUCCGCUGGUAUUUUUUUUUUUUGGAAAUUUAUAUGUGUCGGGCCAAAUGGAUUUAUACAGGAAUGACUUAUGGUGCCUCCUUUCAAUUUACGUUUGAUUUUUGCAAACUGAAAUAAUCAGUGAACAUCAGAUGGACGUUAACUUUGAAGCAGGGAGUAUAUCUAGUGACAAAAGUGUUGGCUGGAGUUUCAUAUUGUUUCAUUUAUAUACUUGGUCAACAUAUCACUGACAUACAGAUGUCAGCCGGACCCCAUCACUGCCUGCAUUUGGCACAGGAAAAGCCUCGUGAAAGAGCCUGUAACUCAGCCACUUGCUUUUGCCAUGCUUAUGAACCAGUACUAUUUAUACACUGUAAUGGAUAUGCUACCCAGUACAACAUUCACCCCUUACAGCUCCUGAAUGCUGAUCCCAUUGCUGCUGGAGUAUUCUAGGAGUGCUUAUUCAGUGGUUAUACUGGGGCUGUGCAGGGGGCAGCUUCCUCUGGGCUGCAGCGGUCCACACCGAGCAAGCGGUCACAUGCAUAGGAGCGUAAUCUCUGUUUUCAGUGUGCGGGGUUAAUGGAUGUGUGUGCCGAACAGAGACCCACUCUGGCCUCGCAGACUGCAGCCAGAGUAAUUAAGUAUGUAUUAAGUGACGCCUCAUUUUCCCAGAGACCAUAGGUAUCAGCUGUAGAUCCCAUUUAGCGUUUAUAUCAUGAUGCCACUUCUGCUCAAAGCUCCACACUGGAUUUUACCGUAAUCUAAAACAUUUGUAAGCCGUUUAUAUACUGAAUGUUAUGUUGAAUUUAUACAUAUAGUUGAAUUUCAUUUUGCAAUGCUUUGGGAAUGGCUCCAUAUUUGUCCAGAGAUGUACUGACUCUUUACUGAAUAUCAGUCUUGCUCUGUUUGUAUUCUGUUACUUUUUUUCAUACUGUCAUUUAUUGUGUGUUCAUUUUGGUAGACCGACUUGAUAAAGUCCAUUCACAUCUGUUUCUUUCUUGAUAAUAACUUCCUCUGAUGGUCACCAACUUUUAUCAUAAUUACUACACAUCUUUUGACACCAGCUGUUCAAUUUGUACUCUCCUGUUCCCAAAAUAAAACAUCUUAGAUACACCAAA